AUGACGAUGAUUUAUCCACCAGAGGAUGAAACCGUCGGUUAUUAUCUGAAGAUGAUGCUCGAUAAAAGAAACAAGUGGCCUAGCAACUUCCUCCGAAGCGAAGACGUGUACUGCGUCAACCCACGGACGCAUUUCAAUACUCAAGAACCUUUGAUCCUACACGAUGGACGAUACUUGUUCGUUAACCGAACAGAGAGUUCUGGUAAAACCGAUGGAUGUGACUCUGGUUGCUGGAGGAUCAUGGGUCGUGAUAAACUGAUCAAGUCGGAGAAGAGCGUGGAGAUUCUAGGGUUCAAGAGAGUUUUCAGGUUCUGUGAAAAGAAUGAGGAGAAGCCAAAAUCGUUUUUUAAGUUCAGCUGGGAGAAGGCAGAGGAGAAGGAGAAGAGACGAGCAAGAGACAAGAGGGUUUGGGUGAUGGAAGAGUAUAGGCUUGCGAGUAAAUGGAAACAAGAUUACGUGAUCUGCAAGAUUCGGCUUCUGAAUCCAAACCCACUAGAGUUUAUGUUAUCCAACCAUGUUCGAGGUUAGGUUACUAUCUACGAUAUGAUUUUGGAUUCAAGACUCGCUUUAUGGUUUAGGUUUCUGGAAAUUUCAAACUAUCCUUUAUGAUUAUGGAUCUGCAAUAUGAUUAUGAUUAUAAAUAUGAUGAUUAUGGA